ACUGGGGAAAGAUGCAGAGCUGCGCCAGGUCGUGGGGGGUGCUUCUGGCCAGGGCGGUGAGCCCCGGGGGGGUGGGCCGCGUGGGGUGGAGGCUCCGGGGCCGGACCGGGACCGGGACCGGGGGGGUCUUACCGGGGGCCCUGGGGACCGGGGCCCGGUGCCUGGGCUCCUCCCGGCAGAUCGACAGAACCCUGCCCCGCCACGACGACUUCGCGGAGCGGCACAUCGGCCCAGGUGAACGGGAGAAGAGGGAAAUGCUGGAUGUCCUGGGACUCGAGACAAUCGACCAGUUGAUCGAAAGCACAGUCCCAGCCUCCAUCCGUGUGCAGCGGAGUAUGAAGAUGGAUGACCCGAUCUGCGAGAAUGAGGUCCUGGAGGCGCUGCAGAAGAUCGCAUCGGAGAACAAAGUGUGGAGGUCCUACAUCGGGAUGGGUUACUACAACUGCUCUGUGCCACCCCCCAUCCAGAGGAACCUCCUGGAGAACGCAGGCUGGGUGACUCAGUACACACCCUACCAGCCCGAGGUGUCCCAGGGUCGCCUGGAGUCUCUGCUCAACUAUCAGACCAUGAUCUGUGACAUCACCGGCAUGCCGGUGUCCAACGCCUCGCUGCUGGACGAAGGGACGGCGGCGGCCGAGGCCAUGCAGCUCUGCCACAGGCAGAACAAAAGAAGAAUCUUCUACGUUGACCCUCGCUGCCAUCCGCAGACCAUUGCUGUAGUACAGACCAGAGCCAACUACAUUGGAGUAAAAGUGGAACUAAAGCUGCCUCAUGAGAUGGACUUCAGUGGGAAGGACGUGAGCGGUGUACUUUUUCAGUACCCAGACACCGACGGCCGAGUGGAGGACUUCACUGCCCUGGUGGACCGGGCACACAAGGGGGGGGCCCUGGCCUGCUGCGCCAGCGACCUGCUGGCCCUCUGCAUGCUGCGUCCACCCGGAGAGUUCGGGGUUGACAUCGCGCUGGGCAGCUCGCAGAGGUUCGGGGUCCCUCUCUGCUAUGGGGGUCCGCACGCCGCCUUCUUUUCAGUGAAGGAGAACCUGGUGCGGAUGAUGCCCGGCCGAAUGGUGGGAGUGACCAGGGAUGCAGCCGGUAAAGAGGUGUACCGCCUGGCGCUGCAGACCAGGGAGCAACACAUCCGCAGAGACAAGGCGACCAGCAACAUUUGCACAGCACAGGCUCUGCUUGCCAACAUGGCUGCCAUGUUUGCUCUGUAUCACGGUCCCCAGGGACUUCAACACAUCGCACAGAGGACGCACAACGCUGCCCUGAUCCUCGCUGAAGGUCUGAAGAGAGCGGGACACCGGCUGCACAGCGACAUGUUCUUCGACACGCUCAAAAUAAACUGUAGCGUGGCUGCCAAAGACAUCCUGGAGCGAGCUGUGCAGAGGCAGAUAAACCUGCGGGCCUUCUCUGAGGGAGUGCUGGGGGUGUCACUGGAUGAGACGGUGACUGAGAGGGACUUGGACGACCUGCUCUGGGUCUUCGGCUGUGAAUCGUCCGCGGAGCUGAUCGCAGAAAAGAUGGGUGAGCGGGUGAAGGGGAUCAUGGGGAGUCCCUUCAAGAGAACCAGCAAGUUCCUCACGCACCAGGUCUUCAACAGUUACCACUCUGAAACCAACAUUGUGCGAUACAUGAAGCGCCUGGAGAACAAGGACAUCUCCCUAGUGCACAGCAUGAUACCACUGGGCUCCUGCACCAUGAAGCUCAACAGUUCAUCAGAGCUCAUGCCCAUCACCUGGAGGGAGUUUGCUAACAUCCACCCCUUCGUGCCCCUGGAUCAAGCAGAGGGCUACCAGAAGCUUUUCAGGCAGCUGGAAAAAGAUCUCUGCGAAGUGACGGGCUACGACAAGAUCUCCUUCCAGCCCAACAGUGGAGCUCAAGGAGAAUACGCUGGCCUGGCAGCCAUAAAAGCCUACCUGAACUCAAAGGGGGAGAGUUCAAGAAGUGUCUGUCUUAUCCCAAAAUCUGCCCACGGCACCAACCCAGCGAGCGCUCAGAUGGCGGGCAUGAAGGUACAGGUGGUGGAGGUGGACAAAGACGGCAACAUCGACAUAGCACACCUCAAAGCACUGGUGGACAAGCACAAGGCCAGCCUGGCAGCCAUGAUGAUCACGUACCCCUCCACAUUUGGCGUCUUUGAGGAGAAUGUCGGAGACGUGUGUGACCUCAUUCAUGCAAACGGAGGCCAGGUGUAUCUGGACGGAGCCAAUAUGAACGCCCAGGUGGGGUUGUGUCGUCCUGGAGAUUACGGCUCUGAUGUGUCUCACCUGAACCUGCACAAAACCUUCUGCAUCCCUCAUGGCGGAGGAGGACCUGGAAUGGGCCCAAUCGGAGUGAAGGCCCACCUUGCCCCGUUCCUGCCCAGCCACCCCGUGGUCGCCAUGCAGUCGGUCAACAGCAGCAGCUCGCUGGGCACCAUCAGCGCCGCUCCCUGGGGCUCCAGCGCCAUCCUGCCAAUCUCAUGGGCUUACAUCAAGAUGAUGGGAUCCAAGGGACUCGUUCACGCAACAGAAGUGGCCAUUCUUAAUGCCAACUACAUGGCUAAAAGACUCGAAGGUCACUAUAAAAUCCUCUUCAGAGGCAGGAAAGGUUUUGUUGCACAUGAAUUCAUUCUGGACGUGAGGCCGUUCAAAAAGACUGCUAACAUUGAGGCUGUGGACGUGGCAAAGAGGCUGCAGGAUUAUGGUUUCCACGCGCCCACCAUGUCGUGGCCGGUGGCCGGCACGCUCAUGAUUGAGCCCACAGAGUCGGAGGACAAGGCCGAGAUGGACCGGUUCUGUGACGCCCUGCUGGGUAUUCGACAGGAGAUUGCUGACAUCGAGGAGGGCAGGAUGGACUCCCGCGUCAACCCGCUAAAGAUGGCGCCUCACUCUCUGGCAUGCAUUUCUUCCUCAAACUGGGACAGACCCUACUCCAGGGAGUGUGCUGCUUUCCCUUUGCCCUUCAUCAGGCCUGAGACCAAAUUCUGGCCGACCAUCUCAAGGAUUGAUGACAUCUACGGCGACCAGCACCUCGUGUGCACCUGCCCACCCAUGGAAGUCUACGAGUCUCCAUACGAGGAGAACAGAGCCUCCUCAUAGAUGCGAUCUACUGCUCUGUCCCAAUGCUCCACCUUAAAAACACAAAAACCUCAAGACUUAAAACAACAGCAGAGCUCGGUGUAACUGUGAGGAGAAAUGCUACUCGAUUGUGAUAGUUGAAAGUAGAUGAGGGAUUUCAGAGGAAGUGACAGCCUGUAAUGUGGCAAUGGAUGUUAUUAGAAAGUCAGAAAUUGUAGCACCCUGUAAAGAUAAGUCAAACCCUUGUAACAAAACCUACACCGAUGCAUAAAACACUCGACUUUAGGCUGCUGGAGAGCCAACACACACCAUUUCUCACUUUGGUAGCUCUGAGCAGUCAAUGAUGUCUAUCAUUGUCUGAGAGGUGGGCAUUGGGACUGAGCUUACCCUAUCUCGAACUAUUCAAACGGACCAAAAGGAGGAACUUUUUGUUUUUAAUUCCAACCCCCCUCCCAUUUUUAUAUCAGUUCAUGUGAUAUAAAAAUGCCCUUUGUGCCUGUGUUUUUUUCAUUCUGUAAAAUAGCUUCCUGUUUUGUCGCUUGAUUAAUCACAAAGAUGGAAGUUGUAGUUCUGUAGGCUUUUGUUAAUACGCGUUUAUUAUUUGAAACUUUUUUCAUGUGUGUUGUUCAUCAACUUAGAUGACCGUUCUGAUUCUAAAUGGAUUUUUUUCUAAUCUAGUUUUCUCUGUAGGAAAAAAAAAAUUAAACAUUGUUGCUCUGAGUUUUGUGGAAACACAAGUGAGUUUGCACUGCCACCUACUGAAUUUAUACGGUACUCUGUUUGACCUAAUGGACAAAAAGAAAACUGCACAUCUUCUUAUCCUGCAAACUUUAUUCCAAACUUAGCUGGGAUAAGGCAGAUCAAAUUCUGAAACCUAUGAUGUAAGCAACUUCUAUAGUGCAUCAUUAAAAUGUACCAGAGGCCAGAAUAGAAAAUAUCUGAACUACAAUAAAUAUCAGACUGGAUUGUGGAGCAAUCCUUAUGAAUGAAAAAAACUAAUUCAAAAUGGACUUGGACAAAGUAUCAAAAGUAAACUGAAAUUAUAAAACAUAUUUUCACCAACAUAA